GCCAGGGUUGGAGAAGGAGCAGAGUGCACUGCUGCUCUUGCUGGGCUGUCUCCAAAGUGCUUCCAACUUGGAGGAAACUUUGUCUCUCUCUGUGUCUCUUUGGCAGGGAAUUCUUGGCUACAAGGUUUCAAGGCAGCAUGGGCAAAGGAGGAGCGGUGCUGGCGGCCCUGUGGGUCUGGAGCCACUGCAUGGUCACUCUGGCAGCAGCAGCAGCAGCAGCAGCAGGAAGAGGAGGAGGAGGAGGAGGAGGAGGAGAGUCGCCUGCCUUGGCCACCGCUGCCUCCAGAGCCAUUACAGAAAAACGGAGAGACUUCAGCGGUAUUAAGAGCAAAUUUUCUCUAAGGACACCUGAGAAAACUGAUGAAGACACCUGUCUCAUAGUUCCUGGGCAGGACACAAGUGUAGCACAAUGCAACUUCAAUCACACAAGUAAAACCUUUGUGGUGAUACAUGGAUGGACGGUGACUGGCAUGUAUGAGAGCUGGGUUUCAAAGCUGGUAAAGGCACUGUACAUGAGGGAGCCUGACUCAAAUGUCAUUGUUGUCGAUUGGUUGGCUUUGGCCAGUUUACAUUAUCCUGUAUCUGCUGGCUACACAAAGUUAGUGGGAAAAGAUGUUGCCACAUUUGUUAACUGGAUGGAGGAGCAAUUUGGUUACUCUCUGGACAAAGUCCAUCUGUUGGGAUACAGCCUUGGUGCACAUGCAGCUGGUAUUGCUGGAAGUCUGACUGAUAAAAAGAUUAAUAGAAUCACUGGUUUAGAUCCAGCAGGACCCCGUUUUGAAUAUGCUGAGGAAUCUGUACGCCUUUCCCCAGAUGAUGCUGUCUUUGUAGAUGUCCUGCACACUUACACAAGGGGUACCCCUGAUCUCAGUAUUGGGAUACAGAAACCUGUUGGGCAUAUUGAUAUCUACCCUAACGGGGGUGGCUUCCAACCAGGUUGCACUUUUGUAGAAACAAUGCAAAUGGUUGCCAAGUCAUGGCUUCAAGAACCAGAUCAAUUGGUGAAAUGUUCUCAUGAACGCUCCAUCCACCUCUUCAUUGACUCCCUCUUGUAUCAGAAAGAACCAAUUAUGGCAUACCGCUGUAACUCAAAAGAAGCAUUUGAAAGAGGGCUCUGCUUGAGCUGUAGAAAGAACCGCUGCAACAAUUUAGGCUAUAAAGUCAACAGAGUGAGAAGCAAGAGGUCUGCGAAAAUGUAUUUGAAGACCCGAGCUCAAAUGCCUUACAAAGUUUUUCAUUACCAAGUUAAGAUGCAUUUAUUUGGGAACGCUAGCAUCACUAAGACAAGCCAGCCUUUCCUUAUCUCUCUCUAUGGCACUAAGAAGGAAAGUGAGAACAUUGAUUUUGUACUGCCUAAGAUCUCUACAAACAAAACCCACUCCUUCCUCAUAUACACAGAGGUCGAUAUUGGAGAGUUACUCAUAGUUAAACUGCAGUGGGAAAAGGACUCCUUUUUAAGCUUGACAGAUUGGUGGAGUACCCCCAAGUUUAGCAUCCAGAGGAUUAGAGUCAAGGCUGGAGAAACCCAGAAAAAGUUGGUCUUCUGCUCUCCAGAUGGAUUAUCUUCUCUAACAAAAGGGGGCAAACCUGUAGAAUUUGUAAGAUGCCAUGGAAAAAUAUAAUGCUGCAGAUUCAUGAGCUCUGGCAAGUUAUGGAAUACUGGUGCUUGAGUUCUUCAAAGAAUAAAAAGUAAAUGAAGAAGUUCAGUUCCAGGAAAGGAAUCCCCAAGUGCUGGAUAAUCAGGACUGAGUGUUUAGAAAUACUUAACAGCCUUCUGUAAUACUGUCAAGCUUACUUUUGAAUAACUUUCACCUAAAUCCAGCAUGUAGGAUUUGUUGCACCAGAGUUAGAUUGGGGAUGCACAGUCAAAUGCAUAUCCAGCUGAAAGUUGUGCAGUGCUGAUGGAUAAUAUUUUCAUUCCAGUUAAUAUCACUGAUUCAUGAUUCCAUGGGAGAUAUUUAUGCAGAAGCCUACUUCCAUUUUAUCUGGUUCAGUGUAUUUUUUUAUAUCAUCUCAACACAGGAGGUGGUGGAGGAGUGGGGACAUAUUAGCCAAACAUUUUAAAAUCAAAGCACGAAAGAAACCAUUUACAAAUGGUGAUAGAUUCAUUAUUGGGAACAAGCUACAACAAUUUUCAUAGUACUUGUAACAAAAGUGUCUCAAUUUUUAUAAGGAACCAUGUUUAAAAAAUGUUAUGUAAAAGCUACAUAUUUUUUAAGAUUAUAAAUUUGUUCUUUUCAUCUGUAACUGGAUACCUUGCUGGACAAUGUGCAUUCAGUAUAUUUAUACAUUUUUGUAUCCUUUGCUGGCUAAACCCUAAGAAUUUCUGUUACAUGGGAAUAGAUAUAUUCUCACAUGUCUGUUUCCCUUACCUGGGUAGGACGGAAUAAAUGGAGAGUAUUUAUGCAUUCUGAAAGAUUCCAAGAUUAGCUCUUUUAUAUUUUGUCAGUAGUUAUCUAGAUUUAGGCUUAUUCAUACAGUCUUUAUAGGAGUUCUUUUUUUUGCAAGAGAAGCAAGCAUUUCCAGUUUUCUUUGCUCAUUUUUAAAAUAUGAAUCCAGUGCUUUUCCGAGGCACGCUUUAAUGAGGCAUCAAAUUAUUAACCCCUGUAAAGGAGAAGCUGACUGUUGAAAACUGCAGGAGCAUUGGUUUCAUAAUCAGUUUUCAUUAACUGGACCAAAGUCACUAUCUUGGACAGUGGUCACAACUAUGUUCACUGUUGCUCUCUAAAUUCCAAAGGCCAUGUUCUUUUAUUUUUAUAUAUCAGUUUGCCUAAUUUUGAGAGCAGAGCCUGUAUCUCUUGCUAAAUAAUAAAAAUAACAGAACCUGAAAACAGUGUUUAUUUGAGGUACAAUGCUGUAUUCUACACACUGAGUAUGAGCAAACAUUAUACACUUUGAAUCAAAGUCAUGAAGACUUGAAAGAGUUUUAAUACAAGGAGGCAGUUGAAGAAAUAUUGAUUAGCAAGGUGAAAAUAAUUUGUUCCUUGAUUGACCAAAAACUCAAACCUUGCAAACAAAAUUGCAGCAUUACAUGGCUUAGGCGGUUUAUUAAGUUAUAUGUUUAAAACUUGCAAUGGAAGUCAUGUUUGUGUGAAGACAGUAAUUGUGGUUUGCCUGAAUUUAUAUAUUGGUCCUCUACCACCUGUUUAUCUGACAUUCACUAUUUAUUAUUACAACAAAAGUUUAUUACAGAGAAAUGAAUGAAGCCCAUUUAAAGUAAAAUCUGCGACACAAGAGAAACAAAAUCUUUGAGAGUUCUUUAAAAGAAAGAAUCGAUAAUACACAGUUCUCUCAAAAAUGGUUUUCCAGUCUCUCACAAUAUAGACAGUUCUGAAUUAGAAAAUAAAGUGAGUCAUAGUUUCUUUUUUAUUAAGUUCAUGCUUCCAUCUUUCAGUUGCCUGAAGAGUGAAGUUUGAAGCUUUGACAGACAAUGUAUUAUGAGUUGCACAUUUUAAUACACAAAUAUAAACACCAAAAGCACUUAAUCACCAAAUGGUGAAAUGUUUUAUAUGUGAGAAAGUAUAAUGUGGCUUUAACUGUGACUAUUUAUUGUCUGUAAAAUACAUCUAUGUAUAUGCGUAAAAAAGUUACUUUGUAUAUAUUGAUGAUGUUAUCAAGGCUAUAAUGCAUUUAUACAGUUUUGUGGUAUAAUCUCUGUAAAUAGCUCUUAGAAUGAGAAUUUAUGAUAUAUUAUAUGAAAAAUGCUGCCGUGGUCAACUUUUUCUCAAGACACAGCUCUGUUUUGUACUGCAUUGAAGUCUGCAAACUUAUUAAAAGUAACAAGCUAUUAUGGAAUAA